AUUCACGAAAACGACGAAGUCAUACGUAGCUUCUUUACCUGAUAUUUCAGAAAUGUUCACUAUUAGAAGAAGCAUUGGCUUUGUGCUGUUACUAUGGAUUUCAUCGUGUCAACUCAGUAUAACUUCUCUGACGGGGAGACCACCACCACGGACGAUCGGUGAAGGCAUCACCAUCCUCACAAACGUCUUAUACGAUUUCACAAUUCCUUCAGCGCUACAAAAAGGUCAUUUAACAAAUGAAACUGGAAUAUUAUUAUAUUUCACGGCAUUGCUAAAAAAGGUUCAAGAAACUUUCAACAUUCAAAACGUAAUGGUGAAAAUUCAGCUACAGGAUGUAAGCCAGAAUGACAACCUGUCCGCGGCAUUUCUAAAGCAAAAGGACGCUCUGAACGGCUCUAAAACACUGACAAAUCUCAUUGGAUAUGCCACCACGCAUGCGGUGCCAAAUAAUACAGUUUUCUUGCUGGCAACUACGAAAGCAAUACUGGAAGAAACGAUGACCGGGGACAAGGUUGACCGCAGCGUUCUAGACAAGGCGACCUUUGGAACGUUAUGCAGCUUGAAUUCAAGUGCUGCGGUGAUAAGGUACAGUAACAGGCAACCAGACAACAGUGUUGGCCAAGCGAUGGCAGAAAUAAUACAAGAAACCAUGAGAGGACAGCGCAUCGGCGAACGUGUAUCGUUGUAUGCUCAUAUCACCUACGAUGCAAUGUACAUCAACGCAUACAUGACGAAACUUGGCAAUGCUGGUUACAAUGCAAUUGCAGAGAAGCACUUUGACGAACUGUUUGAUAAGGUGCAAGAUUACUUAAAGAAGCAUUCAAUAUUUAUAAAAAUCAUCAUCUCAAGUGUUAGGAAAUAUCCACUUUCGGUCAAGCACGGCAGUGUGGUCGACGCCCGGAGAACAUUGAGGAGCGUCGAAAACUAUGGAAAAUCUCUACAUAAAUCUAACAACACUGUAUUUUACCACUUCACUGGGAGUACAAGAUUAUUCCACAGCCGCCCGUCCCAUAUACGUUUUACUGUCGGUCAAGGAGAUUUUGAGACGAACGGAACGUUUUGUACCCAACAUAUAAGCGCUACAGUCAUCAGACGCUUCCCUAAAAGUGAAGUGUAUUGGGUGACUGUGAAGUCAACAGCUAUGAUAUGUGGCUCGGAACACUUCUUAAGUUUUACUGCUAAAGACAUCAAGAAAAUGACGCAGGCAUUCUCCCAGUGCCCGAAGCCGGAAACGGAGAAACCACAUGUCAUCACCACUGAAGCAAGUUCUCUUCCUGGCUGCUAACAACAGAAUCAUAUAAUCUGCCUAUUUGCAUGCCUUUUUGUGGACUUCAAUAAACUAAAAUGAA